AUGCAUCGCUCAGGUCCUUAUGCGGACCCUCGAGUUCUCACACCAGCUGAUCUCAACCAUGCUCAUGCUCAGCAGCUGCUGAGAGUUGGUGGCUGUUUAAAACAUUCCGUUUUGAAUCCUCAUGAGAGACAUCCAUAUAUCUUGCCAGCGACGUGUCCGUUCAUAGAUCUGGUCGUUGACAGUUGCCCACAGCGUACGCUUAAUAAGGGUACCCAACUCAUACUAGCCACCUUGAGACGUCAAUUUUGGAUUCUUCGUUGUCGCCAGGUUGUUAAGUCUCGGAUUAUGCGAUGUGUGGUAUGUAUUCGUCAUCGUGCCGUUACUGCCACGCAGCUCAUGGGAAACUUCCCUUCAAAUCGCUUGCAUCGUACUCGGGCUUUUCUUCACAGUGGCGUGGAUUUUGCUGGUCCAUAUAGAAUACAAGCAGCCCCUGGACCCGCCUAUCGACGCUUAGCCUCACGACGAGGAAUUUGUUUCACUUUUACAAGUGAUCAGGACACGAAUUUUGUCGGAGCCGAUGCUCAACAUAAUUGUCACAGGUCGAGACGUGCUUUAAUUCAAGACCACUACAAGCAAUCACUGAUGAUUCGAGUGAUUUAUCUGCGCUUACUCCAGGACAUUAACUCAUUGGAGGACCACUCACCGCUGUUUCUGAACCAUCGCUUAUUCAAGAACAUGUUACUGUGA